ACGAUUGCAUACUUGAAGACCGAAAGUCCGAGAAUUCUUCUGUUUCUAGAGUUCUUCGUUUCUCGUGCCAAGGUCGCGUCGGCUAAGAGAAGCGAAAAGGGCUAUGGGGACGAGAACGGGCGUGAUCUAGGUUUUCUAGUCUCCAGUCUCCCAAUGAAAGGCGCGGAUCCUGCUCCUUGUGUCACGCGAUCAAAGGGAAUUUUUGUCCGUGCUCCAGUGGUGAAGGAAACACAGAAUACAUACUAAAAUACCUUUUCGCUUUGUGACAGUACAUUUUUAUACAAUAGCUUAUACAGAGAUGGCAUCUAACAGCACCAUCGAGGACACAAGCUUUAUAGAAAAGGGAAGCCAAAACGAAACUGGAGGAGACCAAUCAGAAAAGAAGUUGAAGCAUUGCUUUUCUGAACCCUGGGAAGAUAGUGACGUAAUUCUCGUGGUGAAGAAUGAGAAGUUUCAUGUUCAUCGUCUGAUACUGAGUAUGAACUCUCCAGUGUUCAAGGCUAUGUUCAAAUCACAAUUUAAAGAAGCCACAACCAACGAGAUUCCUCUGCCUGAGAAAAAUGCCAGUGGUGUUCUGGACUUUCUGAAGAUAAUUUACGGCUUCCAAUACAUCCAAGAGAGAGUGGAAAUUACAAUGGAAAAUGUGGAAGAUCUUCUACAAUUAAGUCACGAGUAUCAGGUGAAACAACUCAUAUUCGACCCUUGUGUGAAGUUUCUCGAGGACCAACCUAAAACAAAAGAAAACGUCAUGAAG